AUGUGGAGUCACAGAGGUACAUUUCGGACUCCUUACCUCUUCCGGUUCCCAAAGAGUAUGAGGCCGUUCCUGUCAGGGAAAGCUCCUAGUAGCCAGAAGGAUCUUAAGUGCUCAAGUCCAAACCCAAAGGAAGCCCAGAGAGAGAAUCUCUUCCAUUCACGCUGUCUUGUCCAGGAGAAGUGGAUCAAUGAGACUGGAGAUAUGAGCGUGAAGGAACAGGUGCUUGUGCCACUAUCUAUUGGAAGCUAUGAAGAUGAGAUUUUGUGUGAUGUCCUGCCUAUGGAUGCUGGACACAUCAUUUGGGAAGGCCUUGGCAAUCUGAUAGGCGAGUGA